AUAAAAAAGAACUACAUAGAAACGAGCGUAUUCUUGAACACGAUUCGUUCUUUUAGUGAUAGAUAUUAUAGUACAUUUGCAGAACUGUUUAAAUUCAUUGCUUGUGAAACAUUUUAUUCAGUUAAACGAAAGCAAAACCAGGCAAUAAUUUCUACAAACUUCUGUUUGAUAAUUUAGAACAGACGAGGAACGCCCCCGAGGUUUUGCCAAAAUAGAGAGUGAAAAAUGAAAGUGUUUCAAGUCUCUUUAAUGUUGUGUUUUCUAUACCAAAAUGGGAUUAGUUACAAAAUUUUGGGAAUAUUACCAGUGCCAUCCAAAUCACACUAUUACAUAGGACAUAGUCUUCUAAAAGGAUUGGCGUUAGAAGGUCACGAUGUAACUGUGAUGAGUCCAUUUAAAGAGGAGAAACCAAUAAAAAACUAUAAAGAAGUUCUUAUCGAAAACGUGGUCGAGAAUUGGCGCAAAGUAAUGGCCAAGCACAAUUUUUUGGAUUGGGGCAAUACGUAUUUUUGGAAUACAGCGUUAAAAUACUACGAAAUGGGUGUGAUUUUAACCAACUGGACGGUGUCAAGUAAAAAUGUAAAAGAAUUCAUAAAAAUAAAACAACAUUUCGAUGUUGUCGUUGCAGAAGUUGGAAGUGUUGAAGCUAUAAUUGCAUUUGGUAAUUAUAACAAUGCUCCGGUGGUUGCCUUAUCCACGUUCGGUGCAUCGAAAGCAACAACCGAUUUGGUUGGAACACCAAAUUUCGCUUCCUAUGUGCCGUGUGUAUCCAAACCAUACACCGACCGAAUGACAUUUUGGCAACGAAUGCAAAAUUCAUUGUGUUACUGGUUUUCGGACUUGGUAUAUCCACUCUAUGUGAUGCCAAAGCAACAAAAACUCAUGGAAAAACUGUUUCCCGUAGCCAAAAAUUGGCCAUCUCUCGAAGAAAUGAGACGAAACGUAUCAUUGGUUCUACUGAAUACCCAUACUACGUUAGGCACACCCCGCCCUUAUACCCCAAAUAUGAUUGAAGUCGGAGGCAUGCAAAUACCAAAAAACAUCGAACCGCUACCGCCAAAAAUUCAAAAGUUCUUAGACGAAGCAGUCGAUGGAGCCAUUUUUGUUUCUCUUGGUUCCAAUGUGCUUAUAACUAAACUGCCCGAACAUCAAUAUAAUGCCAUCGUAAAUGCAUUCAAACCAUAUUCUAAUGUUCGAAUUUUGAUCAAAAGUGAUGAGAAUGUUAUCAUUCCAUCGCAUAAGCAAUCCGAUGUCCUGGUCGAACCAUGGUUCAAUCAACAAUCCAUUUUGGCACAUCGAAACUGCAAGCUAUUUUUGACUCACGGUGGCCUAUUGAGUACAACUGAGGCCGUUCAUUUUGGCAAGCCGGUUGUUGGAAUUCCGUUUUUCUUUGAUCAACCUUUGAACAUGAAAUUGGCCGAACAGAAAGGCUUUGGAAUCAGUGUUCCAAUUGAAACUUUAAAUGCAGAAAACAUUGCAACAGCUGUUAAUAAAGUGCUUAGCGUGCCAAGUUAUGCAGAGAAUGCAAAGUUAAUAUCUGACAGAUUCCGCGAUCAGCCACGAUCUCCGUUAGAAACAGCAAUACAUUGGGUCAAACAUGUGGCUAAAAAUAAAGGUGCUCCACAUUUGAGAAGUGUUGCGGUCGAUUUGCCAUUUUAUAAAUUAUACAAUUUGGAUGUAUGGGCAUUCAUCUUUGGUGUCAUUGCUUUCAGUGUAUUUUUAAUUCGAAAAAUUCUAAAUUUCGCCUUUUCGUUCAUCUUUGACUCAAAGACAAAACAAAAGUCCAAACGAGAAUAAGCAAAAAAAAAUCCAAAAGAGCACAAAUAGAAGAAAAUUU